GGCCCGGGGACAGACCCAGACCCUGGAGCAGAGGAAGCUGGGGAAAAGGACGGCUGAACUGACUCGAAGGAGAAGUGCCCGCGGUGGUUCGUCGUUUUGGGCCGAUUCAUUUCGUUUGCCAAACCCUUCGCGGCCUCGCUAGUUGGCAUGGGUGUGGUGGCCUGGUUAUAAGGUGAACCACCCUUCCCCUUUCUCGUCGGGCUCUUUUUUUUUCUCUCUCCACCCUUGAAGGACAGGCCUGUUCUUGUUACUUCAGUAUGGCCGACAACACGGAAUUAUCGUCUGUGCCCAAGGACGUCAAGGACGCCGCCCACGUCGAGCGGGUCCCGUCGUACGGCGAGGGCAUGAAAAAGGACCAUGUCGACUACUCGCGUGUUGACAAGGAGAUCGCGCAGUAUGCGGGUCAAGAGCAAAUCGAGGUCGACGAGGAGACGAGCAAGCGCCUGCGCAGGAUGAUUGACAAGCGUGUCUUGGUUAUCAUGAUCCUCACCUACUUCCUGCAGGCCCUCGACAAGGGAACCAUGUCAUUCUCGUCCAUCAUGGGCAUUCGAGAGUACGCUGGUCUUGAGAACGGCCAAAAGUACUCCUGGCUCACGACAUGUAUUUACAUCGCCGUGCUGUUCGUCGAAUACCCCACCAACUGGAUCAUCCAGCGAGUCCCUAUCGCGAAAUACCUCGGUGUCAAUAUCAUUCUCUGGGGCGCAGUUCUGGCUCUGCACAGUGCCUGCAAGACGUUCCCCAGCCUGGUCGCUGUCCGCACCUUGCUGGGUAUCUUCGAAGCCGUCUGCCAGCCCUCCUUCGUCCUGAUGUCCAGUAUGUGGUAUAAGCGCGAGGAGCAGGCCGAGACCGUGACAUACUGGUACAUGAUGAACGGCACCCAGCAGAUCGUCGGUGGGCUGCUCGCAUACUGCUUCAGUCUGAUCGGAAACGACCACGACGUCAAGUCCUUCCACGCCCUAUUCAUGACUUACGGCUGUGCCUCUGUCCUCUGGGGUGUCUUCGUGCUCUGGUGGCUGCCUGACUCGCCCAUGCGCGCCAAAUGCUUCAGCGAAGAAGACAAGCGUCUCAUGGUCGAGCGUGUGCGAUCCAACCAGACCGGUAUCCAGAACAAGAAAUUCCGUGGAUACCAGAUUAAAGAAGCCCUGCUUGACCCGCAGAUCUGGUGCUACUGUGCGAUUCAGAUCUUCACGACCCUGCCUACCAGUGGCCUGGGUGCGUUCGCGAACAUCAUCAUCGAGGGCUUCGAGUUCAGCGUCCUGCAGACUCAGCUCCUAGCUAUGGUUCUGGGUUUCUAUAUCAUUAUCGUCCUCUUGACCUCAGCAUGGCUCGUCCGUAAGACCGGACAGAACCUCUAUGUCAUGUUGGGCUUCAUCCUUCCAUCUUAUAUCGGCACAAUCGUCCUCAUGACGGUAGAAAACCGCAACAUGGGCACCAAAGUCGGUCUGCUUAUCAGCUACUACAUCACGCUGUCAUUCUGGUCCGCACAGACCCUCGGUCUCUCAAUGGUCUCUCGUAACAUCGCCGGCGCAACCAAGAAAUCCGCCGUCAUCGCCGCGACAUUCGUCUCGUGGGCUGUUGGCAAUGCCAUCGGCCCACAGGUGUUCCUGGACCGUGAUGCGCCCAAGUACUUUAUUGCCUUUGGGGUUCACCUCGGGUGCUAUGUUUGCCUGACCAUCUCUGUGAUCUUCCUGCGCUGGUACCUUGCGCACCAGAACAAGAAGAAGGACAGGCUGCUCAGGGAGGCGGGUCUGGAUCCGAAUGAGCAGAACCUGGCACAUGCGUUUGAGGAUCGCACGGACCAGGAGAAUAUGUAUUUUAGGUAUAUCUAUUAGUUUUUUUAACUGGGUGGUGAGGGAGAUAGUUAGUUGAAUGAUACCAGGUGGCUCCAUCUAUGGGCUAUUCACUUUGUAACUUCUCAAAUACAGCAAUAGCAUCUGCAUUCUGAGCCUCGAGGUCGACAUCAUUAAGAUAUGACCCAGCCUGCGUCAGAUAGCU